AUCUUAUUCUAAAUACGUUUCUGAAUCCGUAAUGUGACAUGAUUUUUAUUUAACCUACAUAUAUCAAGGACUGCAAGGUUACUCAAAAUGUUAGACUUAGUGAUGUAUUGAUUUGGGAGAUCAAUUUAAUUACCUGAAAAGUUAACAAAGAUUCAAAAAAAAUGUCACCUUUCUGUCCACUUGUUCUUCUAUCCUGCAUUGGAGUUGGUCUUGCAUCCUUUAAUUGUUUGAAUCCUGGGUACAACUGUAAACAGAACGGUGCGUGCGACUAUUUUGGAAGGUGUAAAUGUCCACCAGGUUUCCAAGGUUACGACUGCGGAUUAGACUCAUCCACCAUUUCCAGCUCUGCAGACUGCCGGGCCACUUGUCUGAAUAAAGGCAUUUGCUAUAGCAAUACUUUAUGUUAUUGCACAGAGGACUUUGUUGGAUCACAAUGCGAAAUCCCUGUUCUCAGUGCAGAAUGUGGCAUGAGCUCAAUGACGGUUCGAAGCUUCCAGCCGCCCGCCUUCCAGGGAGAAAUGUACCUGAAACAGAGCAUGUUUGGCUGUCAACUCAGAGAAAUGGUCACAGACGUACCGGGCGUGAGAAUGUUCGAGUUGGCAAUCCCACAUCGAGCCAUUUCACCGUGUUCACUAACGAAAACAAAGAACAACGAGACAGGGGAUACAAUAUUUGAAGUCGACGUAGCCACUGCUCACCACAAAGGUCUCUUUAGCAUGUCCGACACAGUGCAUCAAGUGAAGUGUGUCUACGAAGCAAGACGGAUUGGGGAAAAACCCGUGGACGUAACGAAGGAUAAGAAUCCUUUCAAGAUAUCAUUAAGGAAUGACAAUGACCAACUCUUUCAGCAGGUUCCUAGAGGCGAUAUCUACUUCUUCACUGUAGAAGGCAGUGGUAAAUUUCCAGAUUCAAGAGGUACUCGAGUGAGCUAUCUUGAGGCGUAUGGUGUUGAUCAACAGACUGGUAUGGUGAAGAGUGUCAAGCUAAUAGAAAACGAGUGUCCAGUCCGAAGUACCAUCAACAACUUCGGUAUUUCUAUCUCCAACGAGGAACGUAGUCAGCAUGGCGUCUUUAUUGGUAGAGCAAAAGUUGAGAGUUUUCCUGUCAUUGACGGAGAGCCACUGCGAUUAGACUAUCGAGCCAAAAUCUGCAAAAACCAAUGUCCACAAGCACACUGUAAUUCUCCACAACCUCUGCAGAUGCCUCAGAAUACUCCGUUUAAGCACGUCGUAAAUCCCAUAGAAAUAGUGUAGCGAGGAGACUUCGCUCUUAAUCACAAACCUCAUUCACAGUCAUCAACAUGAAAUAGCAGCUUGAAAAGGGUUACAAUGCUUGGUCAUAUUGUAUUACUAAAAUUGUAUAGAAAUGAAUUAGGAUUCAAGCUGUUCGUCAAACUUCUUUCUGUGGUUGAUUGUUUGGAAUCGUGUAAUAAUCUGCUAAGUAAUGCGCAUAUAAUGUAUAUUUGAAAAAUCAGAUUGCUUCAAGAUGAAUUGACCUUUUGUUCUCUAGAAUCAAUGAUUGUCAUGGAUCGGCAUACUUAGUGUGAUGGAUGUUUGUGGUGCACACAGUAACACAUUUCAGAAAUUUAUCAAACAAAAUUAUCAAAGAACAGAACAUUAAUUAUAAACAUAUAAUAUAGAUAUUAACAGCGCUAUUUACUGAUAUAAAGUUGAAAUGCGUCCUAAUAUUUAGGUGCUUUUACAGUCCUGGAACUUUGUGACGACAUUUUCAUUGGAUCACGUGGUAUAUGACGAAGAUGAUGUCUGUAGUAUCUCUGACAGACGGAAAGAUUUACGUGACAUUCUUUUAAAAAACAAACAAACUUUAGUACCUACAUGAAAUGUCAAUAAAACCUAAAGCGUCCAAAAA